UACCAUUCUUCAGCAUCCGUCAUUCAACAAAUAUUUUUAUACCACAAUUUUCUCACUAUUUCUUUUCUGGUUUUCUUUCUAAAUGGAUUCCCCGGAUAAUCAGCCGGAACCUUCGUCCUCUUCAUCACCGCAACCCGGAGGUCUGGAAUAUUCCGGCAAUGCUUCUGCAUCGAGUUCACUCUCACACUCACACGCUCAGCAUGACGAAGAAGAAGAAGAAGAAGAGCAUGCAGAGUCUGAACCGGUCCGAGUUCGAGAUGAGACGGUUCGGUUUAGGAUCAGUGAGGCAACAUGCUGCUGCAUCAGUCUACUCAUCACCUCUUGGUUUCUAGUAUCUGUGACACUAAUGUUUGGACUAUACGGAUCUUCCACAUUACAACUUGGCCCGAAUUGUUCGUUAAGAAUCAGAGCCAACCCCCUUUUCGUAGAGUAUGUGAAGGUUAAGCAAUUAGAUGGUACGAAAGAAGGUCCAAGGCUACACGGGUUUUCUAAAGAUCCUCCUCUUGAAGUUUUAGUCGCGUCAUCUGCAUCUGAAAAAUUGUAUCUCCCAGAAAGGUCUCAAAAGGACUGGAUAUAUUUCCUGAAUGAAGGGUCCCAAAUGAACAUUUCCAUGACGGUAAUGUCUUCAAGUUCGUCGCCUUUGGAACUUGCAAUAGGCGAAGGAAUCGAAGGUCUUACACAGUGGCUUGACAACCCAAUGUAUCCAAACAACAUCUUUUCAUCAGACAUCAUUCAUGGAAAUGGAACGAUCAAUCACAGUGUUACUAAAUCAUCUAAUUACUAUGUCUCAGUUAUCAAUCUGAAUUCAGAAAUUGUGGAGAUGCAGUUGAACCUCACGCUGAAAGCUCUACUUUAUAACACAACCCAGGCAUAUUAUAAAUGUUCACUGUCUCAUGGCGAAUGUACUUUCAGAACCUCAUAUUCUGAUGGAUAUACAGUCGUUUUAACUACUCCAAGUACUAAACAGGGCAUAUUAUAUGAUGACUGGUAUGUUGAAUUGUCAUAUGGACCUCGGUGGAUCACAUAUACUGUUGGCUUAGGUGGAAUGGCAGUCCUCGUCCUCUUGGCUUUCCGUCUCAUAAAAUGUGGUCAACAUAUUGAUUACAGAACUGAAGCUCAAUUCAGAGGAACAAGAUCACAGAGAGCCCCCUUGCUUUCACACAAAGAUGAUGAUCAGUCAAGUUGCACAUCUUCUUCUUCUGAUUUUGUCUCUCAAGAUGAUGAGCAUUUACUAGAAAUGCUUGAUGGGCAUUUGAAAGAUGGAGGAACUGACAUUAAUACCAGUCGUCUGUGUGCUAUAUGCUUCGAUGCUCCAAAGGACUGUUUCUUCCUCCCAUGCGGGCAUUGUGUGGCUUGUUUGGCAUGUGGAAUGAGGAUUAAGGAGACUUCCGAAACCUGCCCCAUUUGUCGCAAAAAAAUGAAGAAGGUAAGGAAGUUAUUUAUAGUAUGAUAAUGGUGGAGAUCGACCUGCACAGCAUGGAUUAUGGAUAUAUAUAUAAUUAGGCACAUCCACAUUAUAAACUAGCCAAUCUUAUACACCCCUGAUGCAAGGACUCCUGUGUUACAUGGAAAAAACCAUGAGUAAAUAUACUUUAAAACUCUGGUAUAUAUAUAUGGCUUAUUUAAGUAGUAAUUUAACUCUUAUUGUAUAUCCUUGGUUAUAAUUUUGCUCCUUAGAUAUUAAGUAGUAAUUUAACUCUUAUUGUAUAUCAUCGGUUGUAAUCUUGCUCUGUAAGAAUUCGAGUAAAGUUAUCAUAGGUUGUAAUAUUGCUCCAGACAAAUUAUUAUGAAUGUUUAUAUAUGACGGAGCCUCUUAUUGUA